GUGUGUUGCCGUAUGCGAUAAAGUCUAUUCCCGGACUUAUUCCUGGCCAGUACGGGUAGGCACGCCCACCCAGUACGCCCUGGACUACGCCUCCGCCUACUCGGCCGCCACCGCCGCGCAGUUCGCCGCCAGCGGCUACGAGGCGUACAGCCCGUACACCACGGCCGGGACCACGGCGGCUGCCGCCGGCUAUGGCGCAGUUGCGGGCGUGCCCGCCGGAUACACGUACGCCAUGCCCCAGCAGCUCGCCGCCAGCACCACGCACUUCGCGCAGUUCCAACCGCAGCAGAUCCAGGAGCGGUUACAGUGAUGCGGCGCUUCCAGGGGGCGGGGCUUAAUGGAGAAGGAGGAGGAGCGGGCGAGACAGUCAGGAGUGGUUAUAGUGAUGCGGCACGUCAGGGAGGUGGGGCUUAAUGAAGAAGGGGGAGGAGCGGACGAGACAGGAUCCUGAGUCAGGAGUGGUUACAGUGUCAGGGGGGUGUGUGGCUUUAGAAGAGCAGGAGGAGGAGGAGGAAGGGGUGGUAGGCUAUGAGGAUGAUGAUGAAGAUGAGAGGGAGAAUCAGGAUGAAGAGGAGAGUGAGGACGAAAGGAAGAAGAAGAAGAAGAAGAAGAAAAGAAUUAGAACAAGGAUGAGGCUAAGGUAGACGGGGCGAUGCCGCCACACUGGACGAUUGGUUGAAAGAAUCAGAAGAUGGACAGAUUGCCGGACACGCCCACUCCUAGGGAUCACGUGGUUAUGAUGAUUGAGUGACUGAGAAGGAUGAUUUUCUUCCGUAUUUUUUUUUCUUUUUUGUGGGGGGAGGGGUUUUGGGAGUCAUGACCGCUGGGAUCAUCUGGCUCAUGACGUCACAAAAAAGAUACCUGAUGCUUCAUGGUACAUCUUUCACUUUCUUCAGUUUCGUUUCCUUUGUUUUUGAAAAUAAAAUUGUUUAUUAAAAAUGUACAAUUCUAUCCCUUGUCCUUUGAGAGAUCAAGGAUACUUAGUGACAUUAUUUUACCAUUUCCCUUUAUAAUAUGAGUCAUCGACACAUUUUAAUUCUACCAUGUCCCUUUAUAUGAGUCAUUAAAACUAUGCCUACCCCCCUUCGCCCUAUGAUAUUGGGGGGAAACCCAUGUACUAUGAAUGCCUAUAAUAUCUCACGAAUUUCAUUUUUCAUAAAUGUUUCAUGUAAUAUAAUAUUAUUACUAUUGUCGUUAUCAUAAUUAUAAUUAUAAUUAUUAUUAUUAUCAUUGUUAUAAGCAAUGCCUUUGAUGAAUUUGUUCUUCUGACUUGGUAAUGGUAAUGAUGCUAAUGGUCUCCCCGAAGACCAUGAUAACAAUGACGAUGAUGAUGAUGAUGAUGAUGAUGACAAUGAUGAUGAUGGUGAUGCAUGCCAAUUUUUCAUGUGCUGUACUUACUGAUGGCAAAAAAAAAAACAAGUAAUUAAAAACAAAACACUCAGCGGAUAAUUUAAGUAAAACAAAACAGUACGACUAUUAAACCUUAGUACAAUCUGUGCCACAGGGCUGAGCACUCAGCCAGCGGCGUUAUUUAUUUUUUUCCAUAUAGUGAUCAUUGUUUAUCUGUGAUUAGGUGUUUGUUUUUUAAAGUCUAAUUUAUUGGUCCGAGUAUGCUAUUUAUUGGAGGUUAUUAAUUUGUAUUCCGUGCGCGUUCUAUGAUGUGGUAUAUGGACGUCUGUUUGGACGACUGCCCUAUGCAGCUCAAUACAAGACGUGUGCCUGAACGGACGAGUGUGUCUGUUUGUGGGUGUCAGUGUGUGUGUGUGUGUGUGUGUGUGUGUGUCUGUUCAUAUAUGUGUGCGGUGUGUACAUUGUUUGUGAACUUGAAUCUUGUUCGUGUGGGAAUGUGUGCUAGAUUCAGAUCGUGGUUUAUGGUGGACAGGUUGUGUUGUCUAAGUGAGGGAUAGUGCAGACAACUAUUUUGUGAGCAAGGGUAGUUGUUGUAAACUGAGAGUUUGUGGGCACGUGAGCAAAGUGAAGGGAGCCUAAACACGUACGUUUUUGAGAGGCGAAACUUACACAUGGAAGAGAAUGAGAUGGCGGUGGAUAAUAUUUAUAUAUAUAUAUAUACAUUUUUGGAAAAUAUAGGAAAUACAAAGAGGUACUGAAGAGUGAGAGAGAUUUUUUUUUUUUAAGAAAGAGAAUAUGUGUGUUUAUAUGAGUGUGUGUGUGGAUGUGGAUGCGUAUGUCCAUGAGAGAGAAAGAUAGAGAGAAAAUGGAUGACAGAUAAUGGAUGACAGAACGUCAGCUAGAGAAUGAGAUGGAUUCACAGCGAGAGGCAGGGGCGAAAAUGGAUAAGAGAAAGUUCAAAAGCUAGAGAGAAUCUGUGGAAAAAAAAACAACUAUAGAAAAUGCAUACAUUGUAUUCGGUGUGUGAGUUGUGUGAUUGUUGGUGUCCGUCCGUUUCAGUGCAGUUUUACUUUCAGCCUCAGAGAUCCCCCACCGCCCAAGUCCCACCUCAUGCCUUUCACACACUCUGGUGACGGGUGACCUACUUUUGUGCCCAGAGAACAAAGAGAUUUACUUAUUUAUAUCUUUUGCUUCAUCAAAUUGCUAACAAAAUUCAACACGACAGUGUUUGGGCGAGAGGCGCACGCGAUUUGUUCUUCUGCUGUAGUGGUCUGUCAGUUAUUUGUGUUUUUGUUCUUUUGUUGCUGCGAGUGGGAUGGUCUUUCAUGCCACAGGAAUAUUAUUGACAGUUACUGUUAUAAUCAGAAUUGGGGUUCCAGAAAACUGGCCAUUCAAAACUACGAGAAUAUCGGUUUCUGGUUACUCGGUGUCAUCGCUGUUUUGGUUCCUUCUAUAAAUUUUUCGUUUUGAAAGCUUUGCCUUUAAGGAAUUUCUUUAAAAAGAAAAAAAUGAUGUGUAAAAUGGAAACAAUGCUUAAAUCAAGAGAGAAUUAAGGUAAAGGAAUUUUGCUGGAAGGUGUUCAUCGCAAACACUGACCGUGAAUCAAAGGAGAAAAGACGAAGUUCUAAAAAUGUGUAGGAUGAUUCUUCAUAGAAAGCUCAGAGUUCAACCCUUUGUUGCCGAAAUGGUUUCUGAUAAUGUGUCCAAAACAGAAUGCAAUACUGAAGAAUGUCCUGUCUGUUUUAGAACGAAUCCCACAAGUCAUUUCACAUACAGUUCUAGCUGCAAUUCGUUUUUCUUUAUACAGUGCCAAUCCAUCCAUGAACUUGUAUCCAACAAUAACCGCCUUACGAAGUUCUGAAUAUUACGUGAACUUUGUUUUACAGAAUUGCCUUGUACUCAUGCAUUCACUUGUUCGCCUUUGUAUUCAAUUUACACAAUCAUAUCAUAGUAUUUCUGACUUCUUUCGAGGGUACGAAACCGUCCAUUACGUCAAGUAUUUUUUUGUUUCUUAUGUCUUAUAAUCCCCCCCCCCCCAACCCGUAAAUCUACAGCCGUGAAGAGGGGCCUUACUACUGUUUUCUUUUCUACACGAUAGCGUCUUUGAUCGGUUCCUUGUUGUACGCCGAGCUAGAACACCAUCCUCAGGUAUUUGAGUCGUGAUAACACAGCGCAACUGUAGUGUUCCAUGUUUUUCAUAAACUCCAUGUCUCCAGCAAGGAAAUCACUGGAUACUGGAUGUUUUGCAUUGAAUCCAUAUCUAAAUUAAACCACACAAAUUAUUGGAAGCCUCUAAGGCUUUUACAAAACUGACCAAACAGGCCAUGGGUUUGCGUAGCAUUUCUGAGAAUGAGAUAAUGAUCAUGUUCUGUUUGCAAACCAAAACGGCUUCCAUUGUUUUUAAAAACAUGGAUUAAUCAUUUUUCCCGUUUUUUGGAGGCAUCAUGUUCCUUUCCAGAGUUUUAAAGUGGGUAGAGACAAUAGAAUCGCAUCUUUCUAGGUGUAUGUACUGCUGUCCAAGUGAAAAUGCAAAUCUUUGGUCGUCCUCCGAAUCUACUUCUUGAACUCGGAGAACGAUGCUUUUCAAUUGUAGCUUGUCUUUUGUUUCAGAAAUUUAUGUUCUUUUUAUAUGAUUCGUCAAAACGCUUAUAACGUUUCCCUUUCAUGCUCUGUCGGAGGAAAUCCUGCCUCGCUUUUUGUACAAAAUAUCAAGUAAUAUAUUUAUAAUGUUAUACAUAUAUUACAAUCACGUAAUCAUCAUUGAUCGUCUCAAUUGAAAAUGUAUGUCCAUGUAACCGCCUAUUCCCUGAAAAAGACAAAAAAAUCGAAUAACCUUUACAGUUCCCGUUGUGAUGUAUUGUUCAUUCUCUUCUAUUGUAGGAUACCAUGAUAUCAUCUUAAUAAUAAAGCUGAAUUUAGUAGAAAAUGUUUGAUAGUGGGGAUAUUUCACGAAUGAGACUUUUCCAUGACAAAAAUUGUAAGUAUGGUAAUAUUAUAAUGUAUGCAGGGCACACUCUGCAAGUAAAAGACAAAAAUGAGCAUUAGGAUUAGAUGGGUUGGGGGGGGGGGUCAAAAAUGUACAAACACCUCCUUUUCAGUUUUGAUUAUAAUUAUAUUAGUGCUUUCGUUUUUCUGAAAGGUCGUCAAGGUCAACCAGUAAGAUGUAAAGAUAAGACUCUUGGAUCAGACAUGGACAUCCAAGCUAUGUGUUCCUUGUUCUGAAACUGUGGGGAAAACCAAGCCCGAAAUUUUUGUUCCAAUUUCCUUAUACUUUUACUAUAAUAUUUAACAGCAUUAGUCCAUCUCGUGUAUUCUUUGUCUGAAAUACUCAGAGGAAGAGAGUGAGAGGCUCGUGAAUGUUGACGUUUAUCGUAUGGUUCGUCUUUGUUCACACACACACACACAAGCACACACACACACACACACAUACAAACACACAAACACACACACACAGCACUCACAACACAUACAAACACACACACACUCACACACUUACUCACUUACACACAUACACACCUGAACUUUCACCCACCAUGUAAUGAUGUUAAAUAAAAAUGCUUCUUCAUUUAUUUA